AUGGCCCCUCUCGCGCCCCAGGCUAGCCACUUCGGCCUCAUCCUGCCGCUGUGCACCAGCAGCGCCACCGUCGGCCUCGCCCUCUACCAAUACCCGCAAUUUACCGCCUUCCUCGGCGAGGACAAGCUGGCGGGCAAGACGUUGUCGCGCUACUGGACGCCCAUCUUCAAGCAGGGCUACAUCGUCAUCUCCGCCCUCGGCAUCGGCUCGACGAUCAGCGGCCUGCUGUCCGCGCGCUUCCUGCGCACCCACGCCACCCUCGAGACCACCGACGUCGCCAAGUGGUACACCUACGGCGCCAUCCUCGCCGCCGCCCACUUUGCCUUUGUCCCGCUGGUCGGCGCCCCGAUUCGGCGGAUGAUUGAGCGCGGCAACGAGACGAGUCCGCUGAGCGAGGAGACGGUCGACCGCGAGAAUCGGGAGGAGAUGAAGACGUGGUUCAUGUGGCAUACCAUCCGCACGCUGGGCAUCGAUCUGCCUGCCUUGUGGUGUUUUGCCGAGGGGGCGGCGCUGAGCUUCUGGGUUGCCAAUGCUUAG